AUGCCGCUCAAGCCUGUGUCAAUGGAGGAGCCCUUUGCUCAAUGGGGCCUUGAUUUUGUCAAGAUGAUCAACCCUCCAAGUUCAGCCGGACAUAAAUGGAUCCUGACCGCCACUGACUAUUUCACCAGAUGGUCUGAAGUUGUUCCCCUGCGGAAUUCAUCUGAAAAUGAAGUGCUAGCUUUCCUAGAAGAACUGACUUGUCGGUACAGCCCUCCAAAAAUUGUUAUAUCAGAUAAUGAGCAUGCCUUCACAGGCUCACGAAUCACACAGUUCACUCUUAGCAGAGGCAUGGAAUAUAAAAGGGAGUGGCACCAUCACGUAAGGAGUGUAUUAUGGGCCGACCGCAUAACAGCCAAGCAGCUUCUCAAAAUCUCUCCGCACAAGCUGGUAUAUGGGAAAGAUGCAUUUUUUCCUUUGUCACUAGAAAUUCCCGCAUUACAGUUGCUAAAAUCUAUGGAUAUUGCCGAAAGUGGCCUAAUGGCCAUAAGACUAGUGGAGAUUAUGGAGUUAGAAGAAGCAAGGGAGGUCGCCUUCACAACCCUUCAAGACAAGAAAGAAGUCAUAAAAAGGUGGUUCGAUAGUAAAAAGAGUUCCAAUGUGAUGUUCGCCCCCGAAGAUCUCGUUCUGAAGUACAACGAGAGAAUGGUGAAACCAGGCCCUCAGCCUCUUUCUUGUUUACAUCUUGCAGUUUUAAGCGCAAGUCAUGCUUUGCCAACUCCUUUUAGAGGCUAG